AUGCUCAUCCGCGGGCAAGCUCAACUUCAACUGGGCUUUUUCGCAGCUUGUGAGCUGGAUUGCAGCGCAGCUUUGCAAGCCAUCCCUGACAGUGCAACGGCAUGGGCAACUCGUGGGCGGGCUCGCUUGCAUCAGAAGUGUUAUCGAGAAGCAGCGGACGACUGCCAACGAGCACUUUCACUGGAUGCUGAAUGCAGACUCGCCAUGUCCAGCUUGGGUGCUGCAUUGCUCAAGCUCGGAGAUCACCAAGCAGCACUGGAAAACUGCGACCGAGCUGUUGUGUACAUGCUAGCCCUACGUGGGAACGACGCGGGGGAGGAGAAAAGAAGCAGCAUGAAGGCGAAGAAGAAGCGGGGCAAGUCCAAGGAUAAACGAAAGAACAAAGUGGAACGAAAGAAGAGGCAGGAAAAGACUCAGUCUGAGUCUGAAUCGCAAACUGCGGGUUCUCCAGAGGAGGAGCAGAUGGAUGAGCUUGAGGAUGAGCUUGCGCUGGAUGACCCCUCCGAUCGUUUCUCAGAUUUGUUUGAUCCCCUAUCCGAAGAAGAAACUGGGGCUGCAUCCGAUGAAGGUGUACCUGAUUCUGCUGUGGAAGCUGGAGAUUCACCGGAUGGAGAUGGUCGCGACACUGAAGGUGUACCAGGUGAGGAUGAAUUCAAGUUUGAAAUUACAGAUGGCACGUUUACCUUGACGCAGGUGAAGGCGCCUCCCGAAGCGCAGGGCAUGGACAGAUCGGAAAUUGAGGAACUAGCUGAACUAUAUGCCAUGCGGGCACAGGCGAAGGUUGCGCUUGGAGAUCUAGAAGGCACCAUUGCUGAUUGCUCAGCAGCUUUGCGGUUGAAUGAAAAAGUUCCCUUUUGCUGGGCUGCUCGUGCAGAAGCGAAAAGGUUGCAGGAGAAGUUGGAAGAAGCGGUGGCCGAUGCCAGCGAGGCAUUGCGCCUUGAUCCUUUGAAUGUGUCUGCAUACAUCACGCGAGCGAAAGCAAAGUUGCGAGGAGGUGAAGCACAAUUUGUUGUCACCGACUGCAGCGAAGCACUGGCUCUAGAUUUACAUCAGGCUACUGCAUGGUCGACCCGAGCAGCCGCCAGGCUUGACCUUGAUGAUGUGGCUGGAGCAGUGAGCGAUGCGAGAAGUGCAAUUGCUUUGGACCCUGCGGAUGCUGAUGGUUGGUGUGCUUUAGGCGGCGCUUUGCUUGACAGUGGUGAUGUGGUUGGGGCAGCAGAGGCAUCUACAAAGGCCCUUGCGCUAGAUGGCGACUGCGCACGAGCUUGGUUUAACCGGGGCUGCGCCAGAGUUGACUUAAAAGACCUCGCUGGUGCCCAGUCGGACUUCAAUGAAGCAAUCGACCUUUGGCCGGAAAGUUUUCUGGCCUUUGCGCACCGUGCCCAUGUGCGCCUAAAGCAAGGAGACUUGGAAGGCGCAGCUGCAGAUUGUGAACAGGCUUUGAAGAUGGACCCUCGUUUGGUGGUGGCCAUUUGCACGCAAGCGGACUUGAAGCGUAUCAAGGAGGACCUCAAAGGUGAGCGCGAUUCUUAG